CUGCGCGCUCUGGCGCUCUUGGCAGAACCUGCCCUUGCCAGGAAACAAUCUCAUUUAAAAAGGAACACAAGAGCUGAAAGUUUGUUUCAACAUAAGAAAAGAGGACCAGUAAAUGUCUACUUUCCUUUCGCCGCAAUCCCGCCAAUCUCUUGACUCCCAAAUUCCUGGGGAUUUACCAUCAUCGAGAACAGGGGAUAGAUCUUGAGAGGCUCGGCUUCAUCCGGCAGUCGGCAAAGGGGAACCGCGCGCCCUGGAGUCAUCGAACUGUGCGGAGCCAGGGUGAGAGCUCCCUUCUCUUCCAACGUGCUUAAUUAGCGCCUAUUUACAAAACGCAGCUUUUAUUUGAGCAAACAUCAUAAAGCUUUCAUCAGGAUAAUCUCACGUUCUACAAUCCAGAGGCGUCGCAAACUCCCCCCCCCCCAUUCCUCCCUGAAGAUGGAGCAGAUAAAGGACUCGCUUUAUUAUCAUAAUUAUCGUGGCUGUUAUUUUGGUGCGCGCUGGCAAAGUGGGAAAAUAGGUGCGAUGAUUAAGAAUGUCAUGAAAAAUGAGGAGGGAUCGCUCACGAAGGGCCCAGCUAGGAAUAGGGGGGGGGGCAGCCUGCCCGCCCCGCCACCAGAGAGCCCUGAACAACUGGGCAGAUUCCGUGUAAUGAACAGGGGCUUACAGGACUCUGGCGCACAUCUGGGAGCGAACCUGUAGAGGCAAAACCCAGGAGACCUUGCCGGGACCCUUGGCACAACCAGAGCACCCCUGGCUACAGUGAGCAUCACACAGGGUUCUGCUAUAGAGACCAUAAAGGAAAUAAAACACUCCCGGCCCAUUCAGGGCGGGUGCCAGCUCCAAGCUGCCUCUGAGACGGCUUCCACGGGGAUGCCAGGGACUCGAGGAUCUGAGCAAAGGAUGUAGCAAGGGCUCCUCUCAAGUUUGCGCUGCGUGGUGCAGGAACACGGGCUUAGGCUCCCAGGCCUGCACGCUCCAACGGUGGCGCCCGCAGCCCGCCUGCGGCCAGCCUGGGUAAAGGGGGCGGAGCCCUAAUUUUGCCCUGCCUCUCCCGGCACAGCCAAUGGGAGGUGGUACUCAACACCACGUGACAAAAGCUCGGCUGGGCAGCUGGCAAAAUGUGAAUGAGAAAGAGGAGCGCGAUUUAAAGGUGCUGGCGGCGCCCGCCAGAGACAAGUGCGCCGGCUUCGCGCGCUCCCCGGCGGCCCGUGGGAGACGACGGACUGCGGGACGGACAGACGGACACACGCACCGCUGGUAGCCGGGCCGAGAGCCGCAAACACAACACGCGUACGUUCCGACGAGCUAGCACCGGGGAGCGGCUCUAGCAAUCGCGAGGCCCCCGGCGCCUUCUCCAUCGCGGGCACACGGCCUCACCGCGCUCAGCGGCUACACCCGCGCGGGCCGGGUAUGCUGCAGGUCCCGCACUGAGGGGCGGCCGCGUCUACACUCCGGGUGCCGCUCGGCCUCUGUCGGGUGCUCCCGGCGUCCGGAGGGCUUCUAGGCGGCGGCGCGGCACGGGGACUUUUCGUCUCUCCCUGGCCUCUCCCGAACGCGUCUAUGAGCGCAGCGUUCCCGCCGUCGCUGAUGAUGAUGCAGCGCCCGCUGGGGAGUAGUACCGCCUUUAGCAUAGACUCGCUGAUCGGCAGCCCGCCGCAACCCAGCCCCGGCCAUUUCGUCUACACCGGCUACCCCAUGUUCAUGCCCUAUCGGCCCGUGGUGCUGCCGCCGCCGCCGCCGCCACCUCCCGCGCUGCCCCAGGCUGCGCUACAGCCGGCUCUGCCCCCUGCGCACCCUCACCACCAGAUCCCCAGUCUGCCCACUGGCUUCUGCUCCAGCCUGGCGCAGGGCAUGGCGCUCACCUCCACGCUCAUGGCCACGUUGCCCGGCGGCUUCUCGGCGUCGCCCCAGCAUCAAGAGGCGGCGGCCGCCCGCAAGUUCGCUCCGCAGCCACUGCCUGGUGGUGGCAACUUCGACAAAGCCGAGGCGCUCCAAGCGGAUGCGGAAGAGGGCAAAGCCUUCCUGGCCAAGGAGGGCUCGCUGCUCGCCUUCUCUGCGGCCGAAGCGGUGCAGGCGUCGCUCGUCGGGGCUGUCCGAGGGCAAGGGAAAGACGAGUCAAAGGUGGAAGAUGACCCGAAGGGCAAGGAGGAGAGCUUCUCUCUGGAGAGCGAUGUGGACUACAGCUCAGAUGACAAUUUGCCUGGCCAGACCGCUCAUAAGGAGGAAGAUCCUGGCCACCCACUGGAGGAGACCCCGCAAAGCGGUGGUGCAGCGGGCAGCACUACAUCCACGGGCAAGAACCGGCGGCGGCGGACUGCCUUCACCAGCGAACAGCUGCUGGAGCUGGAGAAAGAAUUCCACUGCAAAAAGUACCUCUCCUUGACCGAGCGCUCGCAGAUCGCCCACGCCCUCAAACUCAGCGAGGUGCAGGUAAAAAUCUGGUUCCAGAACCGCCGGGCCAAGUGGAAACGCGUCAAGGCAGGCAAUGCCAAUUCCAAGACCGGGGAGCCCUCCCGGAACCCCAAGAUCGUCGUCCCCAUCCCCGUUCACGUCAGCAGGUUCGCUAUUCGAAGUCAACACCAGCAGCUGGAGCAGGCCCGACCCUGAGGACCCAACCAGGGUGGACACCGUCGUGGAGAGGCCCUAACACCCGAGGGAACCCGUGGCAGAUUCCACUGUUUGAAGCAGAACUCAAAGGCACCUCCCAGAUGUGGACAUCCCAAGCAAAUUGAGAAUAUAUUCAUUCACUAGAUGGGCUUAAAGGGGGCUACGGCCACACCAGAAGAUACACUAAAUAUUUAUUAUACGACCCUACUUUGUACAUAGAUAUCUAUAUAGACUGGAUCUCAGCUGCAGUAUUUGAAAGGGAUAGGAACUCACAUUCCAGAUGAAACAAACCCACCACUUGGUAUUCUGCCGCCCCGGGGCGGCCACCUUCCCAUACUUUCCCAAAGGUAAAUGGGAGACACAAGAACAAACACUGGGGUUUAAACUUAUUUUUUUUGUUCUUAAUUCUGGCGUUUUGAGUUGAGCGCAGAGCAGACUUCUUGGAAUCUAGGAAUCUGCUCUGCUCAUUUGCCUUUGCCUGGCUUUCUUCCCUGGGCUUGUCUAUCCUAUCUGAGCCAUGUCGGAAGCACGUCUCCGUUGUGUUUAAUUUAUUUCAAUGUAGCUUAUUUUCAUAUAAGUUAUGACAUUUAAACAAUCUCAGUCUUGUGAAUAAUAAAAAAGCAAGA